GGUAGACUGUGAAUCUAUAAAAUCACUUGUUUUGACAAGCACAAGCACAAGCGCACAGACAGGACCGACAAUGUCUUUCGAUCUCUCAUCAGCUGUGGCUACGGAUGAAGAGGUGAAGAAGGAGGAAGCUCAGAAGGAUGAGUUUAACUGGCCCUGGAAAAAGGACAAGGAUAAGGAUGGUAAGGACAAGUCUGGCAGUAAGGACAAGUCUGACCAUAAGGACAAGUCUGACCAUAAGGACAAGUCUGACCAUAAGGACAAGUCCGACCAUAAGGAUAAAUCUGAUAAGGACAAGUCUGACAAGAAGGAUAAAUCCCACAAAAAGGACAAGUCCGAUAAGGACAAGUCAGAGCACAAAGAUGGCGAAGAGCUCAAGAAGAAGGGAAAGAAAAAAAAGGAGCACAAGGAAGGACACAAAUCAGGCAGCUCAUCCUCCUCCUCCUCCUCAUCUUCAUCCAGCAGUGAUGAGAACUGAUGCUUCCUGCGGGACGGGCCUGCUCUGUUCGUUGGUCUCUUAUGAGCUUGUCUA